ACAAAAUGGAAGUAAAAGAGCCACCCCAAGGUGUGACUCCUCCAGUCCAGAGCACCACACGAAGGUCGUCACAACAACCCUCUCGUCUACGAAAAUUUGUCCUCCAGAACAGUGCUGGUUUGAGGAUUCGAACUCAUCCAUCUCUUCAAAGUGAACAGAUUGGUGUGGUCCAUGUCAAUGGCACCAUUGCAUUUGUAGAUGAAGUUCACAACAGUGAUGGAGUUUGGUUACGUCUCAGCCCUGAGAGUAUACGCCAGUAUUGCACUAAUGGGUAUUCAGAAGCUUGGUGUCUGCAGUACAACCAACACCUGGGCAAGACACUGCUGGUACCGCUAGACCAUCCUAAGACUAUUCUAGACCAGGUGAUAACUGACACCAUAAGUCGACGUCGUGAUGGAAGUCCUCGCCGUGAAACUACACUUGGUGCCGAUGGUGCUGAAUGUACUACUGGAGGAGGAGGAACGUACACUGUGGUUAAAUGUGGUGCCUCGGGACACAACAUUCGUAGUCAGCCAAACUUGAAAGCGCCACCAGUUGGAAUGCUUGUCCUAGGAAAUGUUAUUACAGCAGAUUGUGAUGCUAAGAAUGCUGAUGGUACGUGGGUUCGUUUGGAUUCAGAGAGCACACGCAAGUAUUGCUUCACUGAUGGGGAGGCGUGGUCUCUAGCUAUGUCUCGAGGUCACACUCUUUACCUUCAGCGCUCCCAUAGCCACAGUCACCCCUACCCAUCAUCUCUGCCUGGUG